GAGAGACUGGAAGCUAAAGGUAAAAAAGAAAUCAGAAUGCAGACCUUUGUAAAUAUUUUUCUGGGAUUUUUGAUUUUCAAGUCUGUUGGAGCUGCACCUAUCACUGAUACCAUAAUUUAUGAUUCUGAGUUCUAUGACAUACCACUUGGUGAACUGCCUCACCCAUUUGUCUAUGAUGAAAAUGAGCAGUCUGCUCAAUUAGAGACAGAGAUUGGGACAGCACUACCUUCUAUAAUUCAAGAGAGUUAUUCUUCUGCACCAUUGACAGAAGAACCUGAAGAGGAAGCAUCAACACCAAAACUAAUUGAUGGGUCUUCAGCACAGGGGUCUGGGGUUCUUGGGCCCCAAACUCAAGACGGUCUUCCCACUUGCCUUUUGUGUACAUGCCUGGGGACCACAGUCUACUGUGAUGAUCAUGAACUUGAUGCUGUUCCACCAUUGCCCAAGAAAACCACAUAUUUCUAUUCACGCUACAACAGGAUCAGGAAGAUCAACAGAAAUGACUUUGCUAACUUAAACAAUUUAAAGAGGAUUGAUUUGACUGCAAACUUUAUAUCAGAGAUCCAUGAAGAUGCCUUUCGUAGAUUGCCCCAACUGGAGGAGCUGGUGCUCCGUGACAAUAGGAUAAGGCAACUCCCUGAGCUACCAUCUACCUUAACAUUCAUCGAUGUUAGUAAGAACAGGCUGGGUCGCAAGGGAAUACGUAAUGAGGCAUUUAAAGAUCUGCAUGAACUGCAACAUCUUUACAUCACUGACAAUAACUUGGAUCACAUUCCAUUGCCACUUCCUGAAAGCCUCCAAGCUCUUCAUCUUCAGAACAACAACAUUCAAGAAAUGCAUGAAGACACUUUCUGCAGAAUGAAAGAUUUUACUUAUGUACGCAGGGCUCUUGAAGACAUCAGACUGGAUGGUAAUCCCAUCAACCUGAGCAAAACACCUUAUGCAUAUAUGUGUCUACCCCGUUUGCCAGUUGGUAACCUCAUCUAA